AUGGCCUACGACGGGUAUCAUCAAAGUUCCAAGCCCUAUCAGAUGGGCAACAUGAACCCCGACCCGAAUCUUCAAGGCUACUCGCCCACGCCUCCUUACCCAUCGCUUCAUGAGCCCGAUCGGAUCAACAUGCCGCAACCUCAGAUGUCGGGCACCUCGGCAGCCCCUAAGAUGGAGCCGUAUACUCAGUCCCCGUAUGCGCAAAGCACCGAGAACCUCAACGACGCCGUCAGCUCCGCCGUCCACAACAAUGUCUCUUCACCUUCUUAUCUAUCUCCUGAUGUCUUAUCGCAGAUCACAGCGACCGUCAUCCAACAGCUGAAAGCGUCUGGCCUGAAUAAUAUCCAAGGGUCCGCACCAUCCCCCGCAUCUGUGCCUCCCCCACGAUCGCAGUCGCAACAGCCGCCAUUUCCAACAACUGAAUACCCGCCUCGACCGCAUUCUGAAUCCCCACCAAACGCGCAAAGAAGCGGAUCGCUUCCUACCCCAAACCCCAUGUCGAACAGCUAUGACCCCUCGACAUUUCCCGCUCCCUCUGGAUAUUCAAGUGACUCCCGACCAAACCCUAAGCCGACUCCAGAUCCGCCUCUGCGCAGACGUGAUUCAAUCUCCAGUCAUGGUAGUCACAAAGCGGAUGUCACCCGUCCCAAGCCUCCAUCGCGUGAUGCGACGGCUAUGGAAAUGACCACACUGGAGAGAAUUUGGGGCAAGUUGUUCGAGGAUGGAAAGCCGACAAAGAGGCUUGGUCAGUUCUUGCGCGGAAUUGCAAUGCACUUGAUUGAGGAUUAUCCUCCCGGCAACACUCUUGUGAUUGUGCCUCACAAGUUGCAGAAGUUCUAUGCUGAUACAGAUGUGUCGUGGGACGCUUAUCCGUGGCAAGACAUUUUCGAUGACCGCACAUCCUCGAUCUCUAGGCUCUUCCGUGAUGUCAAGGCGCAGCACCACCUCGUUCAAACCGAAGAACUCAAGGACCGUCCGGAUAUUCCAGGCCUAACUCCCAAGGGAUUCGAGCUCUGGGCUACUUUGAUGAUCCAAGCCAACCCGGAACGCGAAUAUGAGCGCUUGCAAAAGGCCGUGCUUAAUAUGCCAAUCAGCAACCCGGAUGACAAGAAAGAGCGUUUCCCCAAGGAGAUGCCUCGUCGGCUCUUCCCUGAGGUCGCUGAUAUCAGCCUGAGAGAGGAACUCGAGGAGUAUAUCAUGAAACACUGUGGUGUCGAUCUCCCACCAGUCACCGAGGAAGAGCGCUCGCAGGCUGAGCGCUCGAGGAAACUCUCGCCCUCCUCCGUCCCCUCGUCCAACGAACGAGCCCGUUCAUAUGAGCGAGGACGACCGCCACCCUCCGCCUCGUCAUCGUCAGCAGUAAUUGAUGACGAAGACGAACCAAUCCCUUCAGCUCCUAUUGAGCGCGAAAGAAAGCCAUAUUCCGCUCAGCCCGGCGGCGGCAAAAAGUACGACGAGCUAGGCCAUAAAAAAGAACUGGGCCACACUCGCAGCCGAACGGGCUCUUUCACAAGCCGGCCGCCCGAUAUCCCAAGACCUUCGGACAAAUUCGACUCUAUGUAUUCUUCCCGCUCUGGCUCUGGCCCCGCUCCUGCUCGUCGGUUCUCCAGGGAGUCGCGCAGCUCGUCCCGAGGCAUGGGUCACGAAUAUCGACACUCGGAAAGUGAUCUGUUGGAUCGUGACCGUGCUCCCCGCUACAACGGGGUGUCUGCUCAAGACUUGUAUUCCGAGCCGACUUCGAUGCUACCUGAGGAAGAUGGUCGGAGGUAUAGAGAUACUAAAGCACACCGGAGCAGCCGGGCUGCCCCCGAGGACGAAUACUACCGUGGCAUGUUGGGUGGACAAGGUGGUGGCUCGAAGUAUUAUCACUGA